ACAUAAAAAAAAAAAAGCUAAAUCAAUAUUCGGUGUGACCACCUUUGCCUUCAAAACAGCCCCAAUUCUCCUAGAUACACCUGCACACAGUUUUUCUUGGCUGUUGGCAGAUAGGAUGUUCCAAGUUUCUUGAAGAAUUCGCCACAGUUCUUCUAUCUAUUUAGGCUGUCUAAAUUGCUUCUGUCUCUUUAUGUAAUCUCAGACUGACUCGAUGUUCAGUGGGGGGCUUUGUGGGGGCCAUGGCAUCUGUUGCAGGGCUCCCUGUUCUUCUAUUCUAAUAUUUUCUAUUUGCAAAUAUAAUGUUUGGGAGUCUAAAAUUUAUUUUUCCUAUUGACACACUAAAGCUGAAGAUAUAAAUAACCAUCUUUUUUGUGAAACAUCUUAAGUGCCUAAAACUUUUGCACAGUACUGUGUAUUUUACAAGCCAAAUUGUGUUAGAUAUAUAAGCCAAUGUUUCACAACAUUUGUAAAUGCAUGUGGUCACUAUGAUCAGUGAUAGUUUUAUAUACACAUUGAAUGCUCUUUCUUUCUCACUUGCUUUUCUUUCUUUUCUUUAUCUAUAUGUCUGUGUGUCUGUCUAUCUGUCACAUCUGUCUCUCUUGCUUUUCUGUCUAUCUAUCUGUCUGUCUAUGUAUCUAUCUAUCUAUCUGUCUGUCUGUCUGUUGUUUUUUGUAUUAAAUCUGAAGUUUAUCAUUGUUAAGAAAUAACACAUUUACUUAUAACCUGAAUAUACCUGCAGCACAACAUACAGUAUAUACUGUAUCUUAAUCUGGAAUUGAUCUAAACCUGAAUAAAAAGAAAAUAUAGUUUAGGGAUUUUGAAAAAAAAAAGUUAUGAAAAGAAUUUGGAAAUAUUUAUGAAGUCACUAAUCAAAUGUAACAAAUUUGACCAUGUCAGCUUCUUUGUACAAAAGAAGAUCUAUCAGCUGAAAAAAAAAAAAAAAUCUCAUCUAAUCUCCACAGUUAAUUAACUCUUAUUAUUCAAUUAUUAUUCACUCAUUAAUUUUGCAUAAUGAUAAAGUUGGAGAUAGAUAAGGGCCCCUAAUUUGAUUCUUCUGACAUGCACACAGCGACACCUCUGGUCUGGUCAGUGUAUGACGUCUUCUCCUCUGUAGUUGUUUUGAACCUUGAUCAUUAUUGAGCCGAGAGUCCUGUGGAACUGCAUUUCCCAUGAGGCGGCGUGUGUUCUCAGCGCGUGAGUGAGUGAACCGCUGGUGUCAUUUUUUUCAUUUUUAACCUGAUGUUUCACCCAGCAGCAGGCCCUGUUGACGAGGAAACCGAUGGUCGUCGGCCCCUUGUCUCGACACUCUUUCAUUCAGAUAUGAACGCCAGCGGGCGGCCCAGGACGAGCUCGUUCGCUGAGCCUCAGGUAGCUUCCGGAGCCGCUGCUGCAUCGGCCGCUGUCGUGGGGAGCAACGUAGGAAAGUCCGGGGUCUCGCAGGCCUCGGCGGACAGUUCAUCUGCCAGGGACAGUGGGAAGGUGACCACAGUGGUUGCCACCCCAGGCCAGGGCCCAGAUCGCCCACAGGAAGUGUCCUACACUGAUAUCAAGGUGAUAGGAAAUGGAUCCUUUGGCGUGGUGUAUCAGGCACGCCUCAUUGACAGCCAGGAGUGGGUGGCCAUAAAGAAGGUACUUCAGGAUAAGAGGUUUAAGAACCGAGAACUUCAGAUCAUGAGAAAACUGGACCACUGCAACAUAGUGAGACUCCGCUAUUUCUUCUACUGCAGUGGAGAGAAGAAAGAUGAGGUGUACCUCAAUCUGGUGUUGGACUAUGUGCCUGAGACAGUCUACAGGGUGGCACGACACUUCAGCAAAGCUAAGAAUAUAAUCCCCAUCAUUUAUGUGAAGGUGUAUAUGUAUCAGCUUUUCCGCAGUUUGGCGUAUAUCCAUUCCCAGGGAGUUUGUCACAGAGACAUCAAACCACAGAACCUUCUAGUGGACCCAGAUACAGCUGUACUUAAGCUAUGUGACUUUGGCAGUGCUAAACAGCUGGUGAGGGGCGAGCCAAAUGUCUCAUAUAUCUGUUCACGUUACUAUCGUGCCCCUGAGCUCAUCUUUGGUGCGACAGACUACACCUCCAACAUUGAUGUUUGGUCAGCUGGAUGUGUGCUGGCUGAACUGCUGCUGGGACAACCAAUCUUCCCUGGAGACAGUGGAGUGGACCAGCUAGUGGAGAUCAUCAAGGUACUUGGAACCCCCACAAGGGAACAGAUCCGUGAAAUGAACCCAAACUAUACAGAGUUUAAAUUCCCUCAGAUCAAAGCACAUCCAUGGACCAAGGUGUUUAAACCAAGAUCUCCUCCUGAGGCAAUAGCCCUGUGUUCUCGGUUGUUAGAGUACACACCAGUGACACGGCUGUCCCCGUUGCAGGCCUGCGCUCACGCCUUCUUUGAUGAGCUACGCCAGCCCGGCACCCGGCUGCCCACUGGUCGAGAGCUGCCCCCGCUUUUCAACUUCACUACAACAGAGCUGAUGAUUCAGCCCCAGCUCAAUUCUACUCUCAUUCCACCUCAUGCCCGUGCACAGACUGCAGCAUCCUCCAACGAUGGCUCUGAUGGCCCUGUACAGCCCGGAUCUACUCUGACCAACAGCACCUGAGGCCGUGAAUCCAAAAAAAAAAAAAAAAAAUCACACUCAAAAGCAUCUUAGCCACCAUAGCGCAAUCUCUCUCUCUCUCUCUCUCUCUCUCUCUCUCUCUCUCUCUCUCUCUCUCUCUAUCUCUCUCUCUCUCUCUCUCUGACAAACACAUACACAGUCUUACACUCUCUCUACCUCAUGGCUUUCUCUUUAUAGCUCUACAUUCAAACAUUUCACUUUAGAUUCAGGUGUCGUAUGUUUCUGAAUUGCCAGUGACUGACAGCUCUGUACUGCUGACAGUGGUUACAGUCAGAUGUUUGACGACAUCUGAUCUAACUUGCAGUAGACAGAAAAACGUACUGUACACACAACAACAUGCACACUGCCAUGUACAUGCAACAAACAACAACAAACCGAGUUCCAUUUAUACUGCUAAUAUUUGCUUCAAAUAAUAGAGGUAGGAAAUUUAGAGAGUGCUUUAAAUGGCUGUGUAUGUCCGUAUUAAAGCUCAUGGGCAUCCAUAACGCAAUACUCAUAGGUGUUAUGGGGGUGAAAUGUGGUUGGUUCAGUGGCUAGAGGGGCAGGUCCUCUGUCUUAUAAUGUCCUAUUUUUUUUUAUUUAAAAAAACUCUUAAUUUAUUUGACUCUAGUGCAGUAGUAGGAUUUGCCCGUGACCUCUUUAGAAAUAUCACCCUCUCAGAUGUAAAAUACAUUUAGCAGGGAACAAGUUAAAGAUUAUCCGGUUGUAAAUGUCAAGGAAAAGUAGAGGGCACACUAAAUGUGAUGAUUUUAUAUAAUUACUGCAUUGAUUUUUUUUUUUUAAUUAGAAUUAUUUCUUGCUUUUACCUUUCAGUAAAUGUAUUUAUUAUUUUAAAAUGGCAAAUUGGAUGGACUUAAAAGCAUCUACAAAUGAAAUUUGUUUGCAAAUUGACGUUGAUUGACCGUUUAGAUGAGGUCAUGUUGGUGUUUUCCUGGUGCAAUAAAUACACAGUGGUGAAGAACUAGUCCGGAAAGGGUUUAAGCUUCCAGUUGACCGUAAAGAAGGGAAUGAAUGAAAGAGUUAAAGAUGUAUCCAAGACUUUAGAAAAUAGAGUACUAGUGUCGUAAAGUGCAAUGUAUGAGUGAGGCAAAGAAAAUCUAAAGUGACUAUCUGCCUGUAUGUUUAAUCAUUAACUGUAUAUUAUGUUCCUGGACUAGGCUUAAUCUAUGCUUGUGAGAUUACAAAGUCUACAUCUAUUCAAAGUCGUUUUUAGACAUCAGCUAUAGGUCCUAAGACUGAACCCUAAAACGUAAUUCAAUGUUUUAGAAUGUUUUCUUUUUGUAUUAGCUUUUCAGUCAAGAUAAUGUAAAGGAAUAAUAUUCCAGGAUCAAUGCAAGUUAAUCUUAAUCAACAGCAUUUGUGGCAAAUGGUUGAUUACCACAACAAUUAAUUGCAACUCGUCCCUCUUUUUCUUAAAAAAGCAAAAAUCUGGGUUACAGUGAGGCAUUUACAUUGGAAGGGAAUGGGGCCAGUCAGUAAACUUAAAUUAAAAUACUGUUUCAAAAGUAAAGCCACAAGAUGCAAACAAUAUGUGUGUUAACAUGAUUUUAGUAAAGAAAUUUAAUUUUGUGUAAGUGCUAAAAUCACUUCCUAACCUUUUCUGUGUAAAGUUAUAUGCAAUUAUAAAAAAAAAAAAAAGAUGAAUUAAAGUGCUUUUGUAAAAUAAUAAGCUUAUCAUUUCUGCCUUAAAACCCUCUAAAAAUUGGCCGCAUUCAGUUCCAUUGUAAGUGCCUCACCGUAACCUUAUUUACUUUUAUUUAUUAAUUUUUUUCAGAAAGGAACAAAAUCAUUUUUUUUGUAAUCCGCAUUAUGCCACGAAUGCUGUCGAUUAAGCUUAACUUGUAAUGAACUCAGAAUAUUGCUUUAAGGUUAAUUGACCCUUCGCUAAGCCCCGCCUUAAAAGCCCUUCUGACCAAUCCUGUCUUAGCAGCUGUUGCCCUGCCACCUUUACUCUGACAGCGUUUGCUAUUUUCCAAUGAGAGCCUAUGCAAGUAAUGUGUGUUUGAGUACUUUUAAGCGUGAUUUUAUCAAAAUAAUCAAAACAAUUGUAAAACACAUUGUUGCCGGGUCAUUUGUAAUAGUGACGAGUUACCCAGAGAGGAUACACGCGAUGUUUUUCUUCUCUUUUUUAAAUAAUCUUUAAAUAAAUCUGUAGAAGAGCAUGUUAUGGAUUAAACUGUGCCAGCCCUCAUUCCCAAAUGAACAUAUAACAUCUGCAACGACACCUACAUUUGCUCCAAGAUAAACUGAAGCUGAACGUUAAUUCAUUUAUGUAUUGAUUCAAGUCAUAGUAAAAGUGAUAUUGAAUAAACAGUUCACAGCAUCAAAAUGAGUGUGUUAUGAGAUGUUAGAAACAGCUCUGUUCACUUAUGCUAAUGUUAUUAGAUGUGUAUUCGCUGUUAAAUGAAGUGUUUCUCUUUUCAAGUGACUGUAAUCGUUUGCCUUGAGUCUCCAGUUUUUAAUCAAAUUACUGUAUAAUUUAACAAUUUAUUUUACAAAAAACCUCAGAUAAAUAUGCAUUACAAUGUCACUCUUCAUGCAGCCCAUGUAAAAAAUAUGAUCCAUUCCGUUUAUGAGAAUAUUUGCCAAAAAACAGCAUUGUUCACGGCAAUCUCCCAUUCAUUACAAUGGGGAGUUCUGCAGAGCGUGUCAGAGCGAGCGACCGUAACCAAGGGGGGCGGAGCUUAGCAAAGGGUCAAUUACAUUUCUCCCACAUUUAAAGGUCUAUAUGUACAGUAUAUGCCUUUGAAGCACAGCGAUGGAACAGCCGUUUAUCUCAGUAUCAGGUUUUAUAUUAAGGCAGGGUUCAGUUAACAGUACUGAAAAACAAACUGUCCAAAAUGACUAAUAUCUUUUUCUAAAAAAAAAAAAAAACAUAUCUCUUAGCUUAAUAGACCGUCUCGUUUUUUUUUUUUUUUUUUCUGAUCCAUAA